AAUAGCAAUCAAUCAAACUCCGGUCAAUCAAUGUCAGAUUCUUCUUCCAACAUCUUAUAUUUAUGUCUGUAUAAUCACUUGAAUUCCCUGGCAUUCCAGCCAGCAAUAAUCCGUCAUGUCUGCGGAUAUCCCGCGGACUGAAGAGAAUCUCAUUCCCUCCACCUCGAACUCCAACAAUGAAAACCCCACCAACCCCUCCUCGCAAGCUUCGGUCGCCGGGCAUAUGCGCGCGAGAACAAACACGGCGGAAAUUGAUAGUACCAUUAUCCAUCCAGGAAGCGUGAAGAUUAAUGUGACGGGCGCAUUCAUCGUUGAUCAGGAUUCUGUUUCGCCAAAGGAAUUGAACACGAAUGAGAGGAAUUACGAUACCCAGGAUAUUCGGCUGCCGAACCAUACGGCGGUGGUCAGCCAUAUUGCUGUAGAUAUCGGAGGUUCUUUAGCUAAGCUUGUAUAUUUCUCGAGAGAGGCACAUUCGCGCGAGCCAGGCGGUCGUCUCAAUUUUAUGAAUUUCGAGACGGAUCGCAUAGAUGAUUGUGUGGAGUUUAUGAAACAGCUGCAGGUCAAGCAACAGAAACUCAAUGGAUCGAGACCUGGUGAUUUAUGUGUAAUGGCAACUGGUGGAGGGGCAUACAAGUUUUAUGAUAAGAUUAAGGAAGCUUUGGGUGUCAAUGUUAUACGAGAGGAUGAGAUGGAAUGUUUGAUCAUCGGUCUCGAUUUCUUCAUUACCGAGAUCCCCCGGGAAGUAUUUACAUAUAGCGAAAGGGAUCCAAUGCAUUUCACCUCGCCCAGUCCAGAUAUUUACCCGUAUCUACUCGUCAACAUCGGAAGCGGUGUGUCCAUGAUAAAGGUAUCCGGACCACGAGAAUAUCAAAGGGUUGGCGGAACCUCUCUGGGUGGUGGCACACUCUGGGGAUUACUAUCUCUCUUGACGGGAGCUCGAACAUUCGACGACAUGCUCGGAAUGGCCGAAAGAGGUGACAAUGCCAAAGUCGACAUGUUAGUCGGCGAUAUUUACGGUACAGAUUAUGGCAAAAUCGGGCUCAAGAGUAGCACCAUCGCAAGUUCCUUCGGGAAAGUCUUCCGCAUGAAACGAGAAGCCGAACGAUUAGCCGAAGACUCGGGAGGACAGAAUAACAGCGAAGAACCGUCUAGCUCUUCCCAUUCCGCCGAGGAACCACCAUUUUCCCACGGGGACAUAUCCCGGUCCCUCUUGUAUGCAAUAUCUAACAAUAUAGGACAAAUUGCAUAUCUGCAAUCGGAAAAACAUUCUUUGUCGACGAUAUAUUUCGGAGGUAGUUUUAUUAGGGGACAUAGACAAACGAUUAAUACAUUGAGUUAUGCGAUCAAAUUCUGGAGUAACGGAGAGAAAAAAGCAAUGUUUCUGAGACAUGAAGGAUAUCUUGGAAGCGUGGGUGCAUUUUUGAAGAGGAAACCAGAGGGUUGGGGACGGAGGAUGAGUUUUGAUGAAGGCGGGGCUUCUGGGGACGGAGGAGUAAAAGAUAUUGGGGAUGAGCUGAAGGCUUUAAAGAGGGAAAUUAGUAGAACUGAAUAGGUUGUUGAGAGAGGAUUUCUUUUGGGCUAUUCAGAUGCACGAGGGAUUUAGGAUAGAUGUUAUUUUUGUAGAUUGGGUGGGGGAGUGUAGUGAAAAUGCAAGAAUGCAAGAAUGCAGAAAUGAAUUCAGAAUCUGUUUCGUAUACCUAGAUACUCUAGUAUGAGAAUUGAAAGAGGAAGUUUCAACACUGUUUUGAUUUGUGAUGGGUGUACAUACAUAUCUAGGUACAUACAUACAUACAUACAUACAUACAUACAUACAUACAACAGAGCCCACGGCACUGGAAUACUCUUUA